UCCAUCCGAGAAGUCUUUGCCCUGGUUCGCAGCGACUUUGAUGAAAAGACUGAUUAUACUAAGGACUUUGCUCCUAUUUUUGACUCGGAGCAUUCUAGCAUGUCAGAUCUGAGACAAUUAACUCAGUCGAAUAUGCAAGCUGAAGUGACUACGUUAUUUAGCGCUGCCACUUCACAGACUUCCGCGUUUACUUUAUCUUCCCAAAGUCCAAGACAAGCAAACGGCGAAACAGGCAAAGAAACUCAAGAAUCAAACCCUGCAAUGGCAACAGUUGGUGAUCACAUCAUUUCAGCAUGUGUCUUCCUACGUUUCAUCUGCCCUGCUAUCUUGUCCCCUUCUCUCUUUCAUCUCACCAACCAAUUUCCCAGUGAUCCACGCAUUAUACGAACCUUCACAUUGCUUGAGUUAUGUUAA